UCUUAUUCUCUGCUCUUCAUUCCAAAACCUCUUUCACUUCCUCUCAUACAAUAUCUGAAACAAACAAAUCUAUUAUGGCUUCUUCUCUUCUUUUCAAGCUUGCUUUAUUUGUUUCUCUUAUUCAUUUCAGCUCAGAAGCAAGAAUUCUUGCUGAGUCUGAUCAAAUCCAACAAAUGUUAUCGUUUCAGUACCACAAUGGUCCUCUUCUUGCUGGCAAAAUUUCUAUUAACUUGAUUUGGUACGGAAACUUCAAGCCUGCUCAACGUGCGAUUGUGUCUGAUUUUAUAACCUCUCUUUCUUCUACUCAAACCACCGUAACUGCCCAACCUUCUGUUGCCACAUGGUGGAAAGGUACUGAGAAAUACUAUAAUCUCAUAAAAUCAAAGAAAACUUCUUCUCUUGUUCUCUCUUUGGGUACACAAGUUUUAGAUGAAAGCUAUUCAUUAGGGAAAUCGCUCUCUAAUAAGCAAAUUGUCGAAUUAGCAUCAAAGGGCAGCCAAAGCAAUGCUAUCAAUGUCGUUUUGACAUCUGCUGAUGUUGCAGUUGAUGGGUUUUGUUCAAGUAGGUGUGGUACACAUGGGUCUGCCGUGGGAGCAAACAUCAAUGGUAAAAGAUCCAAAUUUGCUUACAUUUGGGUAGGGAAUUCUGAAACCCAAUGCCCAGGUCAAUGCGCUUGGCCAUUCCAUCAGCCGAUUUAUGGACCACAGACUCCACCGCUUGUUGCACCAAAUAAUGAUGUGGGUCUUGAUGGUAUGGUCAUAAAUUUGGCUGGGACUGUGACCAAUCCUUUCGGAAAUGGCUACUUCCAAGGACCAAAGGAGGCUCCUCUGGAGGCUGCAUCUGCUUGUCCUGGUGUGUAUGGCAAGGGAGCCUAUCCUGGUUAUGCUGGGGUUCUGUUGGUGGAUGCUACGAGUGGUGCUAGCUAUAAUGCACAUGGUGUUAAUGGAAGGAAAUAUCUGGUUCCUGCUUUGUUUGACCCUUCAACUUCAGCUUGUUCAACUCUGGUAUAAAUAAAACAAAGGGAUCACGUGAUAUUGUAUAAAAUAAAUAGGUAAUAGAGUUAUAUGUUAUGGAGAGAUUAAUUCUUUGAUUUUUUUUUUUAAAAAAAAUAUAAUUCAUCCAUUCAUUUGUAGUACUAUUGAAUAAUGAAGAUUCAGCAUUUCAUUUGAAAU